AAUAAAAACAUUUUGAACAUCAACUAAUCAUGUUGAAAAGAACUUAAUUAAGGAAUUAAACAUACAAAAUUGAUGUUAAUAUAUAAUUUAAUUUUGGUUAUUUGAAUCUUUAGUUUAUAAUGAAACUUUCUAGCUAUAUAUAGGUCAUUAUAAUUUAUUUAUGUUCUAGAAAAUGAACCAUUACAAUUUUUUUUUAUAUACUGAAUCACUUGCUAAACUAUGUCAUAGCUAACAAAGACUUCAUUCAAUCAAUUGAUUAUGUGAAAAUUCCAAUUAUCCUGGAGGCUUUCUUAAGAUCUGGAAGAAACAAACUUGGAGUACUGAUAAAAAGGAAUCUGUGUACCAGUAUGUCAUCUCGUAGUGUCAGGAAAUCUGUACUCAGUGUGGAGCAGGACGAAGGAGUAGGAGCUAGAGUUAGGAGGAGUAUUGGAAGAAGGGAGAUACCAAACUUAGAUCCAUUCUUGAUGUUAGAUGAGUUCAAAGGUGAUGGGAAAGGAGGGUUUCCUGAUCAUCCACACAGAGGAUUUGAAACUGUUAGCUACAUAAUAAAAGGGGGUGUACAACACGAAGAUUUCUGUGGACACAAAGGUACACUAGAUGAUGGUGAUGUUCAGUGGAUGACAGCAGGUAGAGGAAUUGUCCACAGUGAAAUACCAAAGAAUGGUAUAACAGAACAACAUGGUCUACAGUUGUGGGUCAAUCUAGCUCAUAAAGAUAAAAUGAUAGAUCCUACAUACCAAGAAUUGAAAGACAAGGACAUCCCAAAGACAAAACAAAAUGGUGUCAGGGUCAAGGUCAUAGCUGGUGAAUCCUUAGGAAUUAAGUCAAGCAUAUUUACCAGAACUCCUACAAUGUAUUUAGACUUCAAGUUGGAUCAAGGAGCUGUGUUAAACCAACCAAUCCCUACAGAAUGGAAUGCUUUUAUUUAUACAUUGGCAGGAAAAGUUUGUAUAGGUAAGGAAGAAAGCCCUGGAGAGUAUGACCCUCAUCAUACCGUGGUGUUAGAACAGAAUGGUGACCAUGUUACAGUGGAAAAUAAGAAUUCAGAAGUUGCACAUUUUCUAUUGAUAGCAGGACUACCUUUAAAGGAACCAAUAAAAAAACAUGGACCAUUUGUGAUGACAACCGAUGAGGAGAUAGAACAAGCUAUAUCAGACUACAGAAAUGGAAGAAACGGAUUUGAAAAAGCACUGACUUGGCAAUCAAAGUAUAUGAAAAAACAGAAAAAGAAAAUGUAACAUACAUUUGCCUGACACUUUUUAAUUGUUAUUAUUUUUUUUAUGUUGUUUACAUUGUUUGUAUGCAUUCUUCUAAUUUGUGAUUUGAAGACAUGUAAAAUUAUUUGUAACUAAGUCUGUUAUACUACCGCAAAAUUUUUGCAUUCGUAUAAUGUUAUGACGUUGUCAGCGUCAUCGUUGUUGUUGUCCGAAGACAUUUGGUUUCAAGACAAUAACUUGAGAAUAACUGUAUGGAUCUCUAUGAAAUUGUACCACAAGGCUCCAUACCUCAAAAGGAAGGUUGGGAUUGAUUUUUAGGGUCAUGACCCAAACUGUUCAGGAAUUGGGGGCCAAAAAAACAAGGAUUUUCUGGUUUCCGGACAAUAACUUGAGUAUAAGUUUAUGGAUCUCUAUGAAAUUGUACCACAAGGUUCCAUUGAUUUUGGGGGUUAUGGCCCUAACCGUUUAAAAAAAAGGGGCCAAAAACAAUACUUUUCUAAUACUUUGUAUAAAUUGCACAUUUUAAUGUGGUUUAAUUCAAAGUCUUGAAUUCUUAGGGUUCUUUAAUAUGCUGAAUCUAACCGUGUAUUUAGAUUUUGAAUUUUGGGCCCUGUUUUUCAAAUUUAUCCACAUUAAGGUCCACAGGGUCCAAAAUUAAACUUUGAUUUCAUAAAAAAUUGAAUUUUUGGUGUUCUUUAAUAUACCGAAUUUAACAGUGUAUUUAGAUUUUUAAUUUUAGGGCCCUUUUUCAAAUUGGUUCACAUUCAGGUCCAAAGGGUCCAAAAUUGACCUUUGUUUAAAGUAAAAAUAAAUUGAAUUCUUGGGGUUCCUUGAUAUGCUGAAUCUAUCCGUGUACUUUAGAUUUUGAAUUUUGGGACAGGUUUUCAAUUUCACAUUAAGGUCCAAAGUGUCCAAAAUUAAACUUAGUUUGAUUUUAACAGAAAUUGCAUUCAAGGGGUUCUUUGAUAUGCUGAAUCUAAACAUGGCUUUAGAUUUUGGAUUUUGGGCCCAGUUUUUGAAUUGAUCCAAAUCUGAGUCCAAAAUUCAACUCUGAUUUAAACAAACAUAUGGGGUUCUUUGAUAUGCUGAAACUAACUGUGUAUUAAGAUUUUGGAUUACAGGCCCGUUAUCAAAUUGGUUUGAGGUCCAAAAUUAAACUUUGUUUGAUUUCAUCAAAAAUUGAAUUCUUAGGGUUCUUUGAUAUGCUGAUAACCAUGUAUUUAGAUUUUGGAUAUUGAACCAUAAUAGGUAAAUGUCCAAUUUCAAAUUUUUAAGUUCUAAGACCACAUUCAUUCUAUGUCAAAAACUAUGCCAUGUCAAAUAUAUAAUCACAAUCCAAAUUCAGAGCUGUAUUGCACAACUAAUAGAAAUUGAAAGUAGAAUCAUAGUUAAAAAUAGAUAUAGCAUCAAAUCUAAUUUCAGAGAAGAAAUUAUGUAUAAAUUUAGUUUGAAAUUUACUGUCCAUUAUCAGAUAAUUUGGAAAAUAAUCAAAGGUUAGUUUUAUAAAAAAUUUUAAAGACAUUGUAUAAAUGAUGAAUGAUAUUUUGGAAAUUGUUAUUUUCAUUUUUUUUUUUAAUUUUGAAGAACUAUGUGGUAGGUUUGUUUGUUAUUCUGUAUAAAUUAAUUUUCAGAAUGCUAAAUAUAUAUAUAUUUUUUGAUGAAGCGAAACCCUUUAAAAACUUAGCUUAUAUUGUCCAUUAAUAAAUAAAUUAAUUAAAUUCUUGGUGUACUGGAUAUGCUGAAUCUAACUGUUUAUUUAAAUUUUGGAUAUUGGACCAUAAUAGGUAAAAGUCCAAUUUCAAAUUUUUCAGUUCUUUGACCACAUUCAUUCUGUGUCACAAACCUAUGCUGUGUCAAAUAUAAAAUCACAAUCCAAUUUCAGAGCUGUAUCAAGCUUGAAUGUAGUGUCCAUACUUGCACCAACUGUUCAGGGUUCAACCUCUGCGGUCAUAUCAAGCUGUGCCUAGCAGAGCAUUUUAUUAUUUAUUUUGCAGAUAUUUUGAAUUUUACUGAAUAAUUUCAGAAAUGCACCACUAAUAUUAAGUUAUUUGAAUUAAAAUCAUCUGAUGUUCUUGAAAAAUUCACCAAGGUGAACCAUAUAUUAACUUAUUGCAACUGGAAUUAAUAGCACUUCAAUUUGUGAAAAUGAAAAAUUGCCUUAUUUUCAUUGUUGGUAAUAAUGAUAAAAUAUCUUCUAUUUUAUCUGUUAUUUGUCAAGAGUUUUAACAUUAAUCUGAAACAAUUGUAGGUUUGUAUGUCUUUUAAUCCAAUUUUUUUGGAACUCUUUUCAAAUAUUUAACUUUGACAUUCUUUUAUAUUCAAUCUGAAAUGCAUCUCUAAAGUAUUAUUUUUGUAAGUCAUUAUGUCUGAUAACUGUACUGUGUUUAACCUAUAGUACUUUUUUCUAACCAUCUUACCAUGUCCAAUCUGUUGUUGAUCCUUUAGCUUUAGUCCUGAAAAUGUCCCAAAAAUGUUUGAUUGAAAAGUCAGGGAAUUAGAAUUUUUAUUCAUCACGUUCACAGUAAUAAUAGCAAAUAUCAUAUCAGUAUAAGCAUAAUAUGUUCUUACACACAGAAUUGAAACAAAAGUUUCAGUCACAUUGUAUUUUUUUGGUUUAUACAGAUUUCUCUUGAUCUAUAAACAUCUACAUUUAUGUUAACCUUGUUAAAUGUUGAGUGCCUCAGCUAUGUCUAGUUCUGUUACAUGAAAAGUUGUUUGUUGUUAAUAAAAAUGGUAUCAUA